GGUUGACCGAGCAGAAGCCCGAGAAACCCAUCCUGAUGGCGCCGCCGCCGCCAACGCCAAAGCCAACAACUCCUCCGCCGGUCCCCGCCGCCCAGAUGGCAGACCGUUGCCGCAGCGCCUGUGGCGACGGAAUGAAAAUUGCUGGCUCUGAAGCGCUGCUCGAGAACCGAGGAACAUCGGCCCCUGCCCUCGACAGCUUCUCCUUUCCGCUGUCGUUCCCGCCUGCCUCAACCAUACCACCCCGGCACUCGGAGCCCAUCUCUCCUAGGCAGCUUCCGCAAGUGCUCCCGUCGUCGUCCGGGGGUGAGAUCACGCGGGACCAACCCAUCGGCUCCGGUCCCAGUGCUUCAUCGCAUCCCACUGUUACCCUCGACCAGAUAUCGUGCCUCGACUUCAACGGUGUGCCGACCAACACCCCGGGUUUUGAUGUGAGCCGCGUCUUCUCAGCUGAAGGUGGUAUUCUGAGUGGCCUUUGCGUGGGUGAUGAGACCAGCUCGAGCCCGCGUCCGAUGCCGGCCUCGGCUCCGCCGCCCUUCAACCCCCUGACCAGCCACAACGCAAUCCCCUUCACCAUGUACUCAACGGGGAAUAUCGUGACAAUGCCUCAGGCGCACUGCACGAGCCAGCCACCGGCAUCGUCGGCCACUGUCUCUGCUCCGCCCCAAAGUCAACAAAUCGCAGUCUCCGCUCCCGGCAGCCUCGCCAGCCCGCAGGCCCAGUUUCCUGUCAACCACCAGCAUCCUCCAGGUCAUCCUUCCACGGCUCAACCGAUGCAAGGCCGCUUGCCAUUUUCAGCGCCGACCGCCAGGCCGGCUUGUCCGCACUGCGCGCGGAUCCAGCAGGAGAACAUGCUACGCCAGGCGCAGGGGUCUCCUCCUCGACCUCCCGCGAGCGCCGCCCAACAACAGCACCGCCAAGUCAAUCACCAACAUGCCUGGCAAUCCCCCCCCAUGCCGCCCUGCAGCCACCUUCCGCGGCCAGACUUUGCACAACAGACAGGACCCGCCGCACCACGCCCGAUGCCGACGGCACACGCACAAACACACGCACACAUACCGACACCGCGUCAGCACCAGGCCCCACCGCCCCAGAACGUCGAGCAUCCAGGCCCCUCCCCCUCCUCCUCCUCACCCACGUCGUACCCUACCGCAGCUCGUGCCGCCGCCGCUCCGGGCGGUCCGCCGCCGCCCAGUAGCGAUCUGUUCAGGGACAUUGCCGAGACGAUCCACGCGACGUUCCCUUCGGCCCAGGUCGCAGCCCGACACGGCGUGGCGCCGGCCAGGGUCGCCGAGCUGAUCUCGGGCUUGGUCAUCCGGCCGCUGCUGCUGCGCUGUGCCGGUCGCCCGCCGCCGGCUACUGGGUGAGGGGGGCGGUGAGGACAAGGAUCUCCAUACCCCCCCC